AGAGGUGUCUGUGCAGAGGAGGAAAGGUGAUGCUGUUCUACUCAGAGGUAGCUCUCCUGACUCAGCUGGUGCUGCAUCUCCAGCAGUUCGAACAGCUUAGCUGAUGCUUUUUCUGAGAGAUCUCUACUGCCCAGUACCUGCUGUGCUACCUUGCUUCCUUUUUAAACUCUCUCUUCUUAUCUGUUAGUGGGGACUUUGAAGGGUCGGGAGGCGGCAGAGGCACAUCAUUGCUAGAAGAGAGGAGAGCAACAUCCAAGAUGACUUCUGUCCCCACAGCCAAAUGGAACACGACUAUGAGUAGCAGGUGGAACAUGAGCCUUGUGGCAGCAGGCGAUGCCUGGAGAGAGGUGCUGGGAGUGCCAGCUGGAAAUGCUUCUGCCCCUGCAGCAUCCUCAGCAGCCAACUUCUCCAAUCAGUUUGUGCAACCCUCUUGGCGCAUUGCCCUGUGGUCUCUGGCUUACGGUAGUGUGGUGGCAGUUGCUGUGUUUGGAAACCUCAUUGUCAUCUGGAUUAUCUUGGCUCACAAGCGCAUGAGGACAGUGACCAAUUACUUCCUGGUGAACCUGGCCUUCUCUGAUGCCUCCAUGGCUGCUUUCAAUACCCUCAUCAACUUCAUCUAUGCUCUGCACAACGAGUGGUAUUUUGGAGAGGCUUACUGCCGCUUCCACAACUUCUUCCCAAUCACAGCUGUCUUCGCCAGCAUCUACUCCAUGACAGCAAUAGCUGUGGACAGGUACAUGGCCAUUAUUGAUCCCUUGAAACCCAGGCUCUCUGCGACAGCUACCAAGGUGGUCAUCGGAAGCAUCUGGAUUUUGGCUUUCCUGUUGGCCUUUCCUCAGUGCCUAUACUCCAUAACCAAGGUGAUGCCUGGGAGAACUCUUUGCUAUGUAGCGUGGCCAGGUGGUCCAAAGCAGCAUUUUACGUAUCAUGUCAUUGUGAUAGUGCUGGUCUACUGCUUUCCACUUCUUGUCAUGGGCAUCACUUACUCCAUAGUGGGAGUUACCCUCUGGGGAGGAGAAAUACCAGGCGACACAUCCAACAAAUACCAUGAGCAGCUCAAAGCUAAGAGAAAGGUGGUAAAAAUGAUGAUCGUGGUUGUGCUGACAUUUGCCAUCUGCUGGCUGCCCUACCACAUUUACUUCAUAGUUACUGGGAUUUAUCAGCAACUAAAUCGGUGGAAAUACAUCCAGCAAAUCUAUUUGGCCAGCUUUGGGCUUGCCAUGAGCUCUACAAUGUACAAUCCCAUUAUCUACUGCUGUCUUAAUAAAAGGUUUCGAGCUGGCUUCAAGCGAGCUUUCCGCUGGUGCCCCUUCAUUGAGGUGUCCAGCUAUGAUGAGCUAGAGCUCAAGGCAGCCAGAUUUCAUCCCACCCGGCAAAGCAGCCUAUACACAGUGUCCAGAAUGGAGUCCAGCAUGACAAUGGUGUUUGAUGCUAAUGAUGGAGACAACAUCCACACCAGUCGUAAGAAAAGAGCACCUCCAAGAGACACAAGUUUCAAUGGCUGCUCACAGAGGAAUUCCAAGAGUAUCUCCACAGCAUCAAGUCUCAUCAGCUCACUGCACACGUCAGCAAAUGAUUAUUCCUAAGCAUUUCAUGGCAACAGCAGCUGAAAGGGUAGCACUGGACAAUGCUCAUCUACUUUGGGACUAGAUAUUCAUAUCAAAGGCAAGCAAACUUAAUGCCACUGAUGAACCCUAGGUAUAAGUAUCAUGAGACUUGCAGGAAUUGCUUAUUCUUCUGCUUUGGAAAGAAAGAGGAACCUAAAGACAUAUGCAUGCAUCAGUUCAAAAGCACAACUGCACCUUCUACAAGGCAAUGUAUCACACAGUAUCAGUAUCAGUAUGUUUGUAGGAGUUAAGUAAAAUAAGCUAAUGGCAAGAAAGAAACAAACAUUGUUUCAGCUGUACCUGAUGUGUGGCACUUAUGUUUCACUUAUUGACAUCUUGCAGGCUCCUUUAUGUAUUGAAGCUGAGGCAUAUGAUGGUUUCUAUUAUGAGAGUAUUUAUUCUGCAGCAACAAAAUUACAUAAGAUCUGAUUAAAAAGAAAGAAACAAAAACCCCUCCAACUUCAUAAAGACCUAACGGCCCCCAAACCUAUUCAACUGGUUUAUUAUUUAGCUGUAUCCCUAAACAGACAAAGUGGAGCUCACAUGAAUAAAGCUCAGCUCUGUCUGCAACAGAACAAUUUUUCAAAUACAAAAAGUCUUCUUUUGCUUGGUUUGUUGUUUUAUUCUGUGUUAAAGGAGAAAAUCUAAGAGACUAAUCUAAAUUCUACUGAAGUGGAGAAAUCUUCCUGCAGUGACCCUAACAGAAGCUUUGUGAUUGACUUUAGAAAGACUUUAAACUGGAGAUUCACAGAUAAGGGAAAUAGUAAUGUGGCAAUGAACUUUUCUCUCUUUUCACUAUGAAACACCUUCACCAGGGGGAAAAAAAAAAAAAGGUAUUUGAGCUAUUUUCCCAAAUUUCCUAUAGCUGGAUGCAUGCAAAAAUACUCCUGUCUUCAUCUAAAAACAUGCUAGGCAUUAUUACAGAAUUUCCCAACCAACUCAGACAACAUCCUCUGAUGGUCGCUGUUGCAAAGAAAGCUGAAAACAAAAAAGAAACCAGAAGACAGCCUUUGGUUUACAUAAAUAGCUGUUAUCAGCUGUGUGAAUCACAGAACAAUAGGGGUUGGAAGGGACCCCUGCCAGAGAAGGUUCACCUAGAGCAGGCUGCACAGAAUUGAGUCAUUUGAAACUCACCGGACUGCCAGACAUAGAGAUUCCACAAGCUCUCUGAGCAGCCUGUUACAGUGCUCCAUCACCCUCAAAGUAACAAAGUUCCUCCUCAAGACAGAAUUUCCUAUGUUCAAGUUCAUGCCUGUUACCUAUUGUGUCACUGGACACCACUGAAAAAAAGGCUGGCUCCAGACUUCUGACACCCAUCCUUUAGUAUUUAUAAGCAUUGACAAGAUCUACCCCCUUCAGUCUUCUCUAGGCUAAAAGGCCCCAAGUCCUUCAACUUUCUUCAUCAAUUGGUUGUAUUUGUUCUCAAAGAGUUAAUAAAAACCUAACCAAGAGAGCAUGAAUUUCUUCCUCAGUCAGUGCAUCACAGUGGAGUGUAUACUUGGCUUAACCCAACACAUUACCAAAGCAAAUCAAUUAACAAAGUCUGAAGAGAGAAAGGCUUGAGCUGGCUUUAGCCCACACUCGUUCUCAGCAACUGGGGAUGCCCAGCAUUGUGACAGUGAGCAAGGGAGACCAGCAAUGAGAGUCACGUUUGCACUGUGCUGCUUCUGUCUAGUCAGCUGCUGUAUUCUGCUAAGUGUAAGUUCUCUCUGUACUGUGAUUUCAGUGCAUUGCUAUAUCACUCUGCUCAAUUAAAACCUUACAAAAGGUGAAA